AUGGGGUUGACAAAGUUUUUGCUAGCCCUAUACUUGGUAGGUUUAACCCUCCCUCAUGUCUCCGUAGCCAAAAACGGCCACCGACACUUCUUGGACGGACACAACAAAGCUCGUGCUGAGGUUGGUGUUCCUCCACUUGUCUGGAACAACACCCUUGCAGCCUACGCUCGAAAUUAUGCAAAUAAGAGGAUCCCAGACUGCAAGAUGGUGGAAUCAGAUCCGGAUGGGCCCUAUGGAGAGUGUCUUGCUGAAGGUUAUGGUGAUUUCAAAGCCGCAGAUGUAGUGAAGGGGUGGGUGAGUGAGAAGCAAUACUAUGACCAUAAAUCCAACAAAUGCGUUGGUGGUGAGUGUGGACACUACACCCAGGUGGUUUGGCGCGACACAAAGUAUCUGGGGUGUGCCAGGGCCAAGUGUAACAAUGGCUGGAUGUUUGUUACUUGCAACUACUUUCCUUCAGGAAAUUACUACGGCGAGAGUCCAUACUAA